GUAGUAACAGUGCGAUAAUAAUCAUAUUUAAGUGACAUACUUACUCACAUUUUAUAUAAUAAACGACAAAGAUUAUUGUUUUGUGCAGUUUACUAUUAUUUAAAAGAAACUGUGAUAAAUGGAAAGUAAUUAAUUUAAAAAUAAUAAUAAUAAUUAAAAAAAAUAUAAAAGAAUUACUCAUCCAACUCAUAUAUACGUUCGUCAAUACCCUCUAACUAAUAAUAUAUGUAUGUAUAAAAAAUAAAAAGCAAGUCUAAAUUCAAAAUAGAAAUUGUUUAAUAAAAAAUAAAAUGAAAUGUUUUGUCCAGCGAAUGAAGCUUUUCAAAAUAUUACUGAAAAAACAAAAUUAAUUGCACAAAAAUGUUCACAACAAAUUCGUAUAGCAACAGCUGGAACAUUAUCUUCACAACAACAGCAGCAACAACAACAGCAACAGCAAAAUCAACAAUGUCAUCAACAGAAAUCAAUUCAAUCAACAUUAGAAGUACCAAAUCAAUAUGACCCAUAUCAACAACAACAACAUCAAAAUCAGCAAAAACAUAAUCAUUAUAUGAGUAUUAGUUUGCCAACAUCACCAGCUGGCUAUAAAAAUUUCAUUGAUAUCGAAAAUAUCGAUGGGAAUUUAUGUAGUACUAAUUAUAAUAAUAGUAGAAUUGACAACAAAGUAGGUGGCGGUAGUUCAAAUAGUAUUUUAGAUGAUAAAUAUAGUAGUAAUAAUAUUAGUGAUAAAAAAAAUUUCGUAUCAGAUACUAAUAUUAUUACAAAUAAUGAAAAUAAUAGAAAUUUAAAUAAUGGUGCAUAUUGGAAACGUAGAACAAGUGAUACAAAUGUUAAUUCAAAUCAAAUAAAUAAUGGUAAUGGUGUUAUACAAGGGACACAGUCUUUAAGUAAAGCAGCAACAACAAAAUUAGGAUCAAAUUUUAAUAAAUAUUUUUAUUCAUGUACUGGCGGUACACUUCGAAAUUUAGCAAAAAAAUAUCAACAACAAAAAAAUGCUUGCAGUAGUAAUAACCAAAGUAAUACCACAAAUACAUCAACGACGAAGUGGUAUGUCAAGCAGCCUACUUGGCGAUUUUGGGGUGAGGAACGUGAAAAGGAUGCAAUAUUUACAGUUUACUUAAAAAAAGUUCGAUAUCAUCGGCCAAUUAUGAUUUCAAAUCAAGAUUCUGAUGAUGAAAUUUCACAUUUAGAAUGGGAAACAGUACGUGUUCGCUUUGUAAAAGCAGCAUCAUUACCAAGACUUGUUGAAGCUUUAGCGACUAAUGAUGGUGAAUUAGAGAGUACAUUUAUAAUGGUAUUCUUAACAACAUAUCGAACAUUCUCAAAUGCAAAAGAAAUAUUAGAUUUACUUUAUAAACGUUAUGACACUCUAACCGAAUUAAUUUUACGAAUUAAAGAAAAACAUUCAAAUAAUAUUUCUUCUUCAUCAGCAUCAUCAAUAGCUUCUUCAUCAUCAAUAAAUUCACAUAAUAAUUCUUUUCAUCUUCAUUAUCAAAAUGGUGACAUUUCAUCAGAUACUCGGAUAUGGGAUGAUAUUACCAAACCCGAUAUUCCAAAUGAAACAAAUUAUGAUUCUGAAGAUUUAUUAACAAAACAUGAACAACAUAAAAAAACUCUAGUCUCAGCUCUUCAUGUCUGGCUUGAUGGUUUUCCAGAAGAUUGGAAUGAAGAGAAUUUACGUCAUUUAUUGGCAUUUAGUUCAAAACGAUUACCAAAUUCUGAUUUGCAUAUGAAGGUUUUACAUCGUUAUGAAAGAUGUAUAAGAUUGCAGGCUCAGCAAAAUCAUCAUCACCAUUAUCAUCAUACUGGUAGUUUAAGCGGUAAUCAUCAUGCAUUACCAUGGAUGGAACAAACUUAUUCAGAUUUAUCAGAACAAUUUUCUGGGUUAUGUUUGGCGCCUGCAUUUCGUGGAACACCAGGUCAUUUAUUACAGGCUUAUCGUUUUCCACAUAUACCAGUAAAACAUUUUGCUGAACAAUUAACGAGAAUGGAUACUGAAUUAUUUAAAAAAGUCAUACCACAUCAAUGUUUAGGAGCAACAUGGACAAAACGAGAUCAACAUGAAGCCGAUACUGUUGUUGCAACUGUUAAUCAAUUUAAUGCUGUAUCAUCUAGAGUUAUUUCAAGUAUAUUAAUUGAACCUAAACUGAAAUCUCAGGAAAGGGCUUUGAAUAUCGCAACAUGGAUUGAAAUAGCUCAAGAAUUAAGAUUGCAAAAAAAUUUUUCUUCUUUAAAGGCUAUUGUGACGAGUUUAGAAUCCCAGCCCAUUUUUAGAUUAACUAAGACAUGGAAUGCAUUGCCAAAGGACAAAUGUGAACUCUUUAGAGAAUUAUCAAGGAUAUUUGCUAAAGAUAUGUCAGAAAUUCUACAACGUGAAGGCACUGCUAAGAUAGCCGAUACGGUUGGAGAGAAUGAUAAGCAUAUGGUUAAAGUCCUUAAAGGACAGGAUCAAAAUAUAUCACAUGGCACAAUACCUUUUUUGGGUGCAUUUCUAAGUGAACUAACGUAUAUAGAUGCUUAUUAUCCCAGUUAUAUUGAAGAAAAUUUAAUCAAUUUUAGUAAAAGACGUAAAGAAUUUGAAGUUUUAGCACAAAUAAAAUUGUUGCAAGGUGCUGCCAAUGUAUAUAAUUUUCCAGAAGAUCAUCAUUUUGAUAGAUGGUUUGCAUCGAUGCUAGUCUUAGAUGACCGUGAAGCUCAUGCACUGUCAUGUCAAAUAGAACCACCAUCAGAGCCACGGAAACUAAAUAGUAAUAACAACAACAAUAAUAUCAAUAAUAAUAAUAAUUCAUCACCAUCAUCUGUAUCAACGGUUUCAAAUAUAAUUGGCCAUCGAAAAACAGAUUCUGUUGCAUCGAAUUCAAGUAGUGGCGCUGGUUCACAUACAUUCUAUUAUGAACUUAAUAAUGGAAGUAAUAGUAUAUCUUUUACAGAAAGCAAUUAUUCAAGAAAUAAUAGUUUAGGUCGUGAUACAAUACCACCAAAUUCAGUUUCAAUGAUGUCAGCAUCAAGUAGUGCUUCAAAUAUUUCCAUUGAUUCAUCGAAUUCCGGUGGUCAUCAAAAAUCAUCCUGUACAAAUAAUUCAAAAAGUAAAAUAUCAAAUGGUAAACUAUCAUCUACAGGAAUUGUUACAAAUGAUGGAACACCAAUAAUCAAUGCACAAUUAGUACAGAGUCCUGGACAAAAAAAUUCUACACCAGAUUUUUAUAUAAUUCGUGUUACAUUAGAAGUAGAUAAUAGCGAGGAAAUGGAUGGUGUUGUUUUAUAUAAAAGUAUUAUGUUAGGGAAUAAUGAACAUACACCACAAGUAAUAAAAAAUGCUAUGAUGAAAUUAGAUAUUGAAGGUGAUCCAGACCAAUUUACAUUAGCUCAGGUGCUACCCGACAAAGAAUUAGUGAUGCCACCAAAUGCAAAUGUUUAUUAUGCUGUAAAUACACAAUACAAUUUAAAUUUCAUUUUAAGACGAAAGAAAAAAUAAAAAAAAUUUAUAAAUAUACUUACAUAGGAAAACGUUUAUGACUACAAAAUAUGUUUUUAUGAAAAUUUAAUUCUUGCAGUAUAUCAAAUAUAUAUUUAUAUUUAUUUUUAAUAUUGAAUAGUUUAGAAAAUAGUAUCUGUACGGCAUAAACAAAUUUUGUGCCAAAAGCCUCAAUUAUAAAUAUUCAAUAUUAAAAGAAACAUAUUGUGUUAAUCUAAAAAAAUUUAUAAAAUUUGUCAAAAACGUAUUAAAAAAUUCAAAAUAAAAAUUGCAUUACACCAUAAUACGAAAUAUUACAUGAUUUGAAAACGUAUACUAUAUUGUAUAAAAUACACUUCUAUAUUGAACCAAUUAUGAAUAAAAUAGAAAGAAUCAAUUCUUGUCUAAAAUUUCCUUCAGCUUCAUAUUUUUGUUA